AUGUGGUUUCUCCUCCCAGCUUUAAUCUGCGCCUCUGUGUGUAUCAUUUCAGGGAAUGCCCAAGAUGGCUAUGUUGGGCCCAGUGGAAGGCUUGACAGAGAUGAACCGGAUUAUCCUGCUUCUGCCGCAGCCACUCCCACAAUCACCCAGCUACCACGACCCGGCCAACCCUACGGCGGAUACAAUUUCGCGCCGCCUCACAGCUACCCUCAACGACCGCCAGUCACUGUAACUGUGACAGAUAUUUGUAGCUAUCCUGAACAGCCGCCAACCACAUUAACUGUCACGGAUAAUUGCAGCUUUCCUGAGCAGCCGCCCAUUACCUACACUGUCACUGAUGUUUCCAGCUAUCCUGAACGGCUGCCGAUUACCUUAACCAUCCCAGGUAAUUGUAGUUAUCCGGAACAGCUGCCAGUCACCGUAACAGUAACAGAUAUUUCCAGCUAUCUUGAACGACCGCCGAUUACCUUAACCAUUCCAGAUAAUUGCAGUUAUUCUGAACAACAACCAAUCACCUUAACUGUCUCAGAUAUUUCCAGUUGUCCUGAGCGGCCGCUGGUUACCAUUACAGUCACAGACACAGUGACCCAAAAUCGAACAGAGAGGAUAACGAUUUCUUACAUUGAUACUAUAACCAUUUCAAAUACUGUGAUCAUAACUGAUGAGGAGACUGUUACCAUCACAGAUGAAGAAACAAUCACCAUUCCGAGCACUUUGACAGUUACGGAUGAGCAGACAGUUACUGUCACAGAUGAAGACACAAUCACUAUUCCGAGCAUUUUGACUGUAACAGAUGAACGGACAGUUACUAUCAUGGAUGAAGACACAAUCACUAUUCCGAGCACUUUGACCGUAAUGGAUGAAAAGACAGUUACUAUCACGGAUGAAGAAACAAUCGCCUUGCCUACAACGGAAAUUUCUGUCACCACAUUACCCGGGUCAACUAUCACAACAGUGACAAUUCUUCCAGGCGCUACGUCUACCAUAACAACAUAUUUACCUGCAAGUACCAUCACUCUCUCUAGAUCUACAAUAACGCUUCUUGGAUCUACAAUUGUGACAACCACAACAGCUCCCAGCCGAACCGUUACUGCAACGAUAACCCAUCCCCCCAUCGUCAAAACGUUCACAUACACGGAGCCCACCACUGCGACUGUGACAAAUUCUGUUACUAAGCACGUUACUCCCUGUCCAUCCCUUACAGUGAAUCCCACUUUUACGCCCUCUGUUGCAUAUCCGGCAAAUUAUCUAUGGGGCUGUCCUCCAGGUACGCUGUGCAAACCAGAUCGCCGCAAAGAGAAGGGCCGUUGCAACGUCGAAGUCGGUUUUCCAUCGCUUGGAUACUUUUGCAGGCCAGAAGAAUGUAAACCGAACCCCCCGUUAAUACCACAGUGGUGGGGGAAGCCUGUGGCAUCACGGGAAAUCGGCGAGUGGGUUGUUUCAGACCACUAUUACAAUCUGGAUCCACGAAAGUUCGGCCUUGGCCUCGAUAUAUUUGUGUUUAAGAAUUCAACACCGAAAAAUCAGUAUCCGACCCGUCCUGCGCUGGCGAGAAAACAAGUUAUUAACGUACCGCUUCCUUCUCCUUGUUUUGAUGACUGCAAUAAUGCAGCCCAAGAGUGUUCCAAAGGAAAGGAGCCACGUAUCCUUUGUGUUGCAGGUUCAAGGUUCUUCGAAUAUUUAGGGUAUUGUAGGAAGUGUGUUGAAGAACUGAGUGUGAAUCCGAUUUCGGAGUCUGUCGAGCAGACAUUUCCAGUAUUCUCCGAUGCCUUGAACUUUUGUGAAGAUCAGCCUGGCAAUGAUAUUCCUCCGGUUCCGGACAGAAGUCCCUCUUCAUCUCCCCCCACACAAGAGCAAAAUCCAUCAAGAGCCGUCCCGAGUGAAACGAUUGAAGAUCUGCUGGUUAGCGGGACGACGCAAAUGGGAUCCUCAUAUGACGGAAUGUCACACAGUACUCCGCCUCCGCGGCCACCGCUGCGACCCACUUCCACGCCAACUGAUACCAUAUACACCAGGGAUCAGCCUCCUGUAGCAGGUUCAGGUCCAACUAGAGGAAAUCCUAGCCAAUCCUCACCGGUUGAGUUCCCAGGUAUUGCAAAUGUCGUUAGCGUUCCUCACACGAAAUACACCCUCAUGGCUAUAGCAGGGCUUGCAAUAAUCCUCGCAUAUCUUUAA